GUCUCAGUGGAGAAGAGGUGGGUGAGGAGGGGAGAGCCGUGCAGCAGAGGGCAGCAGCAGGGGAGGUGCCCCAGAUACGGACACUCUUUGCUUCUCAGAUUUGAAUUUCCCCUUGCCUGGCUAGCAGGCUUCUCUGCCUCUGAGGAAGCAGCCCUUGGGGCCCAGAGCUGCCCAGGAUGAUCAGAGGACUUUUGUCCGUGUCUCCCCCCCCCAAUGAACAGUCUCCACUGGCUGUAGCAGCAGAAGAGGCUGCUUUGGCUGCCUUGUCUCGCUGAAGGGCACAGGUUUUCAAACGUCCUGAAGUCACUAGAUCCUUUCGUGUUGCUUCUGCUGCAGAACCCGCCACUCCUGUCCUUUCCUACCCCUGUCCUACAAAGGAUGUGGCAAAGUUAGGAUCCAGAGGUGGGGCACAAAGGUGAUAAAGGGUUUGGAAAGCAAGUCCCACGAAAGAGCUAGGCACUUGCAGCUUGAGGAAAAGAUGGGAUAUGAUAGCAAUCUUCAAAUACUUGAAUGGGCGCCAUAAAGAAGAGGGGUGCCAUUCUCUCUGGCUGCAGAGUUGAGGAUGCAGAUCAAUGGCUGGAAGUUGCAGCAAAGUAUGUUUAGUUUGGAUAUUUGGAAAAAAAACUCCUUUACUGUUAAAAGAGCGAGGCAGAGGAGUAGACUGACUAGGGAAGUUGUGAACUCUGUCACUGAAGAUGUUCAAAAAGAGGUUGGGCAGCCACUGGUCAGGUAUAGCUAUGCUUAUGUAUUCUGUGGGUACAUGUUUUCUGGCUUCUAGAUUACUCUUGCUCCACCCCUUUCUGCUACAUGUGUCAGGGUGUUUUUAAGCCUCCUUCAUUGGGUGUUGGCUACAGCCAAGGCUGGGGAGUUUGACACCCAGUGGUCCUGCUGGGACCAAAGCUGGAUGAUUCUGGCUAGAGGAUCUUGCCCCUCUGCUCGGGUUCGGACCAUUCUUUCCUGACACCCCUCCCCCCCCGCCAUAUUUGGGAUCUGGAAGGAAUCGUACCCCAUGGUUAGAUUGGUAUGGACUGUUGGCCCUCUACCCAGGGUCUCAUAGAAGCAGGAUAUUUGUUCCUCUACUUUAUACCUGUGGCAGGUUAGGGUGUUAGAUCUGUGUUGUGUCAGGGUUUACACAGUCUUAUGUGGAGUUUAGAUUAUUGUUUGUAUGGGAUCAUUUGGAUAGGGAUGAUCCUGCUUCAGGAAGGGGGUUGGACUAGAUGGCCCUGGAGGGCCCUUCCAGCCUUGCUUCUCUGUGAUUCUAAAAAGCUGAUAUGGAGCCUGGAAACCUGGCAGUGAUGACGUGCUGCUUCCGCUAUUGCCCCCAGUUUCUUUGGGGAAGCUCUGAUGACGUGUUGUGGAACCCCAGGGUUCCAGGGAAUGCAGUGUGAAAGGCACUGGCUUAGUGUAAAAACAGACGUUGCCAAACAACGAAGUGGAUCAGCUGUGGCUGGCAUGUCCCACCACGGCCAGUCCACUUUAUUUGAUGAAACAUACCACUCCUUGUUGUGCAUCAGGCAAAGGCCUGAUGAGAGACAAAAGGCAGCACAUUCCUCUUGCCUGUAAAUUUUCUGCACCUGCUUGCCAGGACCCAUACUGACCUAUGAUUCCCACACAACCAUGGGGUGGCAUGGGACCUGGAGAAACCCAAGGGCUCUGUGCCUCCGUACUGAUCCAUGCCUCUGCAUGAAGCAUGGGUUGACACAGGUCCUAGCAAGGAAGCACAGGGCAUCAUGGGACUUAGGGAAUUUGCUCAGCACAGUUCCUGGUGUGGAUGCAUGGGGCACUGGGGAUUCCCCAGGUCCCAUGCUGCUGUGUGGGUCCCAACCUGGAGGCACAGAGCUCCAGGAAUUCCCUAGGUCCCUUGCUUCCACACCAGGACCUACACAGACUUUACCCACUUAAGGAAAAGUGCCCCAUGAGAUCUCAAGGCAGGUCUCCAUAAGCAGGAAACCCCAACUUUCCCUGCUUAGAGAGAUGCUCUAGGAUUCCCUAGGAUGUCUCUGUAAGCAAAGAAAGCUGGGCAGGUGCUUCCUGAGGGGGCUGAUUUCUGUGUGGGAAAUCCUGAGGUGUGCAAGAUGGGGGCCUUUCAAGCCCAUGGCAUACCUGCCCAGGGUGGCUGGAGAGUUUGGGCAUCUUCAGGCUUCCCGCACUCUCCCACCACAGGGCAAAUAGAUGUGCAGUUCAAUAAAACAACUCUUUUAUGCUACUUUUUGUUGUGGAUACGCAUGCGGUGCAACAAAAGGUAUGGAUUGUCUACUUUGUCACUGUUUGUGCUUCCAUAAAAAAUGUUUAUAACAGCACACAUGCCACAUCAGGCGACAUUCUAUCCUUAGAUACCAAGUAUCUCUUAAUAAAAUUCCAUGUUACGAGCAGGUACCAGUCUGCAGCGAAUGAAUCCUACCAUGGAGUCCCACACAGUUCAAAGAUGGUGUCAGGACCAAGCAUUGUCUCCUUUCCAGUUUCUUCUAUCUGAGCCCUUCCUUGAAAUGAGAUUCUGCUGUCCCACGGCCCCAGUUUCUGAAAGUGUACUUUCAGUCUCCUCAGCCCUUUCCUCCCCUUCCUCCUCCCCACCCUUGUCUAUGGGUACUUUGGGCCAGAUUCUGUUCCAUCUCAGUUGUAACUAGUGAUUUCUGCACCCUAGGUGGAUAUGCAGGAACAUGAUGUGUGGUGGGAGCAGUAAGAGUCGGGGGGGCUGCGGGGCAUCAGAAAAUCUUACUUGGCCCCAGGGCUGCCAGCGUGGCAUGGUCUUCCAUCAUGCAGGGGUGCAGACUUCCUGAAUGGGGGCUGCUAUUUUGGCACCCUCUCUAAAUUGGUGCCUGCAGCUAGUGCCUCACUCACCCAUUCCUAGUUACACUACUGUUUUCUUCCUCUUAGGUGUCUAAUUGAGCCCAUAUUCCAUCCUGCUCAAGUCCCUAAAAAUUAGUUAAGGUAUCUGUUUUUAAAAUGUGCUGUCAACUCGGCUUUAAAAUUGUUGCAAAGAAAGGGAUGACCCACCCACUCUUUGUGUUAAUGUCUUCUUAGAUUUGAGUAGGGCUGAAUAGGAUUACAUUUAGGUGCCUAGGAUCUAAACCUUUGUCUUCCAGUGUAACUGUAUUGGGAGCAAUGUAGCAUGGAAACAAGGAAGAUAGACUUAACAAAUUAGUUUUUUAAUAAGUAAUUUUACGUGUAAGAAAAUGUGCCAUUAAUGGGUACGAUUAAUGCAAAAACAAAUUAAUGCGUUAAUUUUUUUAACGCACGUCUAAUUGCUGCUGUCGGGCCGUGUGCACUGGGGGAAAGUGGCCCCUCCUCCUCGCUGCUGCCAGGCUGCAUACACCCAUACACACACAUGAGGCCAGCAAGCAGCCAGGCAGGGUCGUGGGAGCAGACUCAGCAGCUGGAUGCAGGUGGAAAUCAUGACAGUUCUACUCUGUUCUUAUGGCACUGAGUGAAUAAAUAUCAGAAGGACGUAAUGGAGCAAAGCAGCAAAAGUUCGGGUGUUUUGAACGGGAAAUUUAUUUAUAGAAAACUUGUGGAUGGUUCUCUGGAUAAAAGGACGGUUAUUUGUAGCUAUUGCAAGGCUGAAUUCCAAUAUCAUCGAAGUACCACAAGUCUGAAGUACCACCUACACGCUAAACAUGCUUUUGCCACCGUUCCUCUUGCUACAGAUAACCCAGUGACAGCAAAUGAAUCCUGUGAGCUGCAACAGAGUACGCUUACUGUGUUUCAGAAUCGCUACAAGCCCACAGAUCAAACAAAGUACAACAACUUAACCAAUGCUAUUGCAAAAUGGAUAGCUAUGGACUGCAGACCACUCAACAUUGUAAAUGACAGAGGACUAAUAGAGGUUAUUCAAAUUGCGUCUUCCAACCAGUCAUACACCCUGCCCUCCCAAGGAACCAUUGCAUCACGAAUACGUGACUUGUAUCACAGUGAGAAGACUACUAAGUUAGAGCUGCUGAAAAAUGCACAAGCUGUUGCUUUGACUGGUGAUCACUGGACAUCCUUGAGCAAUCACAGCUAUCUUGGAGUCACAGCACACCUGAUUGAUGCUGCGUGGAGACUGCAGUCAUUUGCUUUAACAGCAGUGUAUACUGAAGAGAGACAUUAUGCUGAAGCAUGUGCAGAGCGUUUCUUGGAUGUUACAAAAGAAUGGAAUAUUCAAGAAAAGGUAACAACAAUUAGUACUGAUCGUGCAAGCAAUAUGAUAGCAGCAACCAGUCGUUUGCCUUUUGAACACAUGACAUGCAUCGCUCACAGUCUUCAGCGAUCCAUCACAGUAGCGCUCCGUGCUGGUGGUUUUGAAAACGUGCUGCUAAAAUGUAGAAAAAUUCUGGGCUGUUUCAAACACAGUCUAGCUAACAGUGCAGAGCUAAAAACACAACAACCUGCAAAUGGACAGAAACAAGAAAUUCUCAGACAAGAUAUUUCUGCCAGAUGGGACUCUACAUUGGGUAUGGUUCAGCGCCUGCUUAGAAAUAAAGCCACUAUCAUGACCACGUUAGCUCUUGAAAAGCACAAUCUAUCCGUGCUGACAGGUAGUGAUUUUGGAAAACUGCAAAAGCUAGAAACACUACUUGAGCCCUGCAGAUUUGUGACUGAACUCCUUGGAGGAGAAUUAUAUGUCUCCUGCUCUGUGAUUUUACCCGCACUCUGCCAUGUAUGUCGUGUUACGGCAGUCUCUGAUGACGACCCAGCAUAUGUUGCUCGAUUUAAGAACACUUUCACUUCCCAUUUAACAAAACACAAAGAGGGUACCAAUAUGAGAUUUCUAAAAAUAGCUACAGUGCUUGACCCAAGGUUUAAGAAUCUGAAGUGCCUUCCAAAAUCUGAGAGGGAUGAGGUGUGGAACAUGCUGUCAGAAGUCUUAAAAGAGCAGCACUCAGACGCGGAACCUACAGAACCCGAACCACCACAAAAGAAAAUCAGCCUUUUGUUGGUGGCAUCUGACUCCGAUGAUGAAAAUGAAGGUGUGCCAGUCCGCACUGCUUUGGAUCGUUACAAAGCAGAACCCAUCAUCCCCAUGGAGGCAUGUCCUCUGGAAUGGUGGUCGAAGCAUGAAGGGGCUUAUGAAAGUUUAGCAUAUUUGGCACGUAAAUACCUUGCAACACCAGCUACAGCAGUGCCAUGCGAACGACUGUUCUCACUUUCAGGUGACAUUGUAAAUAAGAAGCGUGCAGCAUUAUCUCCUGAGAAUGUAAACCAACUUGUCUAAGUGAUUGGCUGAAAUGCAGCAAGGUUCAUUGAAUAAUACUAUUUCUUUUGUUUACCACUUUUACAGUGCAAUUAUUUGUAAUAAAAAAUAAUAAUAUAAAGUGA